AUGAAUCAGAACGAAACAAAAGUGAAUAUGGGCGACAGCGAGGCAAUAAAAGAUGAAAAUCAGAAUAAAGUGGAACAAGUAGCCAAUACGGAUGAAGCAAGUGAUGAACCAUACAACAUUGAAACGAAAGUGGCAUCCGAUGACAUUAGGGUGGAUCAGCACGAUGAGAGUGCCACUGUAGGUGAGGACUACGCUUCAGUAACCAAGAGUUUUGAGCCCUCAAUAAAUUCUGGGGAGACUAUGCUUUUAAAAACAGAACUAGAAAGCAAUACAGCAUCUUCAGAACAGAUUGCAACUGAUGUCAAGAUGGCGUUAGACAAUGAUAAAAACAAUGAGAUCAACACACUGCCGUCAAAAUUGGAGUUACCAGUAACAGAAGUCUCGUCUGAAGUAGCACAAGAAGAGGCACAGGAAGAGGCACAGGAAGAGGCACCAAAACAAGCACAAGAAGAAAGCUCAGUGUUGGAUGAAAUUAAUCCAAAGGAUAUUGACAAAGUGGAGGUUUAUCAUAAUUCCAGCAAAGAAGUCUUGACCAAUGACCAAAACGAGGAUACUGAAAAAAUGGUACUGAGCAACAAAGGAGAUACACCCCUUACAAAAGAAAUUACUACAGAGCUAUCAGAUGAAGAAAUCGAUGUAGGAGAUGUCUCAAGUGAUAGUGAUAACGAAAGCCCAAGUUCAACUAACUCUUCUGACGAAGACGAUUCUGACUCCUCUAAUGACGAUGACGAUGACGAUGACGAUGACGAUGAUGACGAUGAUGAUGAUGACGAUGAUGCUGAUGCUGAUGAGGUGGGAACUAAAAAAAGUGGUUCUCUUGUUGUUGAUGAUAUUGACGAUGAAGAAGGUGAUAUCAUUGAUGGUCCAAUAAAAUCUGUCAAUGAAGUUGAAGAGAAAGCGCCAUCAUUACCAGAGGAUUAUACCGUUCCUGAAAAUGCACCCAUAGAAGUUAUCGGAAAAAUUACAGGUAUUGUUGAUAGAACAGUGAUUGUUAAAGCCUUCACGUCGGGAGAAUUCAGAAUAUUAAAAGAAGGUUCAAUUUUUUGUUUUGAGGAUCGAAAACCAAUUGGUCCUUUAUUUGAGAUAUUUGGACGUGUACAGCAACCAGUUUAUAGUAUUAAGUUCAACACGGAUGAGGAAUUUGAGAGGUUUAAAAAUAGCAAAGGUAAAAACGUCUACUACGUGAUUCCAGACUCCCAAUUCUUAUACACUGAUACCAUUAAACAUAUCAAGGGCACAGAUGCUAGUAAUUGUCACGAUGAAGAGUUACCAGAAGAAGAACAAGAAUUUUCAGAUGAUGAGAGUGAGUUGGCGGCUAAACAAGCCAAAAAGAAGAAAAGAAAGGGCAAGGAUGGCAAUAGCCAGGUAGGUGGUAACAAAAGAGAGUCGCACAAUCAGCAGCACCAUUUUGAAAAGAAACAACGAGUACACUCAAACCAUCCAGCACAACAUUUUGGUUCAAACUCUACAGCAUAUGUACCAAGAUCACAGCAAGCUCCUCGCAAUCAACUUCGAGGACAAACGCAAUCACAAUACCAAUCUCGUAGCUUUACAUCUAAUCUGCUUCCGCAAGUCCCACAAGUCCCACAAGUCCCACAAGUUUCGCAAGUUCCCCAAAUACCUCAAGUACCUCAAGUGCCACCGCAAUACAAUUUCAACCCCCCAACUGGCCAUCAAGACAAUAGAGCACAAUAUUCGAGCCCGCAACAAACUCAAAUGUAUUACACGCAAGCUCAUCAGUAUAAUACACCUUAUGGUGCACCAACUCAGAUACCACCUUAUAAUCAAAUGUCGCCAAAUUCUAGCCAGUUUCCGCAAAACCAAGCACAAUCGCACUUUCAUGCUACUGGCUCUGUACCAUAUGCGGUACCCACUUAUCCACAGUCUCAACAACCUCAACAGUUUCAACAAUCGCAACAGCAGUCAUCAAUUCAGCAACCACAACAAUUUUUUCCAAGUCAUGCCUCAAACACUUCAGGUGUGGAUCCAAAUCAAUUAGCGUACUUGCAAAGUUUAUUAAUGAAACAAAUGCAAGGCAAUCAACAACCGUACCAAUAUCAAAAUAACUCACAACAGAGACCACCCCAAUAA